AUGUCGGAUUCCAUGGAGCCUAAGGAUCUGUCUGAUCAUAUUAGACUGCAUGAUAUUUCCAACCGGGGCUCUGCUGUCGCCUCGUCUAGGGACUCAGGACAUCAACACAAGAGCAGCCCCCUCCGUCGGUAUCCAACACGCCGAAUCAAGCUGAUACAAGGUUCGGUCUUGAGUGCCAACUAUCCGGUACCGAGUCCUAUUCGUAAUGCUAUUCAGCCAGAGUACAGAGGCCCGGAGGGGGAUCUCUCUGAAGAGUUUACGCAAAUGAGAUAUACUGCUGCAACAUGUGACCCAGAUGAAUUCACCCUCCGCAAUGGUUAUAAUCUCCGUCCCUCGAUGUAUAAUCGGCAUACAGAGCUCCUCAUCGCCAUCACGUACUACAAUGAAGAUAAAGUACUUACAGCACGAACCCUGCAUGGUGUAAUGCAAAAUGUUCGUGACAUUGUCAGCUUGAAAAGGACCGAAUUUUGGAAAAGAGGUGGCCCGGCGUGGCAGAAGAUCGUCGUUUGCCUUGUGUUCGAUGGGAUGGAUCACUGCGAUAAAGGUACACUCGACGUUCUGGCAACCAUCGGAGUUUUUCAAGACGGAGUGAUGAAACAGGAUGUGGAUGGGAGAGAGACGGUUGCUCAUAUUUUUGAAUAUACCACACAGCUAUCGAUUACUCCAAAGCAAGAGCUGGUCCGUCCAUACAAAAAUGACCCAGCCAAUCUGCCCCCAGUUCAGAUGAUGGUUUGCCUGAAGAAAAGGAAUGCGAAAAAGAUCAAUUCACAUCGGUGGCUCUUUAAUGCAUUCGGACGCAUAUUGAACCCAGAAAUCUGCAUCCUAAUUGACUCGGGCACAAAGCCAGGACCUAAGUCUCUACUCGCUCUCUGGCAAGCAUUCUACAAUGACAAAAAUCUAGGCGGAGCCUGCGGCGAAAUCCACGCCCUUCUCGGCCACCGAUGGAAAAAGCUUCUUAAUCCCUUGGUUGCAGCACAGAACUUUGAAUAUAAGAUUUCCAAUAUUCUGGAUAAGCCCCUGGAGAGUGGGUUUGGCUAUGUGAGCGUCCUCCCGGGUGCAUUCUCCGCCUAUCGAUACCGAGCGAUUAUGGGCAGGCCUCUCGAGCAGUAUUUCCAUGGAGACCAUACUCUUGCUCAAAAGCUGGGUAAAAAGGGUAUCGACGGGAUGAAUAUCUUUAAGAAGAACAUGUUUCUGGCAGAAGAUCGCAUUCUCUGCUUUGAAUUAGUUGCUAAGGCCGGCAGCCAGUGGCGGCUCACAUAUGUGAAGGCAUCGAAAGGGGAAACUGACGUCCCAGAAAGACCGGCGGAGUUUCUGAGUCAACGGCGGCGAUGGUUGAAUGGCUCUUUUGCGGCUUCGCUCUAUUCAAUCAUGCAUUUCAAUCGCAUAUAUCAAAGUGGGCAUGGGAUAUUUCGGUUGCUAUUGCUUCAUAUCCAGUUGGUUUACAAUAUUUGCCAGUUGGUGAUGACAUGGCUUUCACUUGCAUCCUACUGGCUCACAAGCUCUGUCAUUCUGGACAUUGUCGGAACACCAAGUUCAUCUAACAAAUUCCACAGCUGGCCCUUCGGAAACCAAGUGACCCCAAUCGUCAACAACCUGCUGAAAAUCGGCUACUUGACAUUCCUCAUGCUCCAAUUUAUCCUAGCUCUCGGGAACCGACCAAAAGGCUCCAAAUUCCUCUACACCCUCUCUAUCGUCUACUUCUCCGUCGUCCAAUUCUACCUCCUAAUCCUCUCCUUCUACCUCGUCGCCCAAGCCCUAACCCCCGAAAACCUGAACUUUGACUUCACCCACGGUUUCUCCACCCUCCUCUCCGGCUUCAUCGGCUCAACCGGCGGCAUCGUCCUCGUCGCUCUAGUCUCCACCUACGGAAUCUACUUCGUAGCCAGCAUUCUCUACGCAGACCCAUGGCACAUGAUAACCUCCUCCUGGGCCUAUUUCGUCGGCAUGCCCUCCACAAUCAACGUCCUCAUGGUCUACGCCUUCUGCAACUGGCACGACGUCUCAUGGGGGACAAAAGGCGCCGACUCACAAGACAAACUCCCAUCUGCACAGACAAAAAAGGAAGACGAGAUGCCCUUUGUCGAGGAGUUGGAGAAGCCGCAGGUUGAUAUUGACGAGCAGUUUGCGGAGACGGUGAAGAGGGCGUUGACGCCGUGGCAGGAGCCGAGUGAAGUAGAGACUGUUGCGCUGGAUGAUUCUUAUAAGGCUUUCAGGACGAAUUUGGUUCUCUUGUGGACUUUUAGUAAUGGGUUGCUGGCAUUGUGUAUCAACAAUUCCAGUAUUCAGAGGCUUUGUUUGACGUCGACAUCGACGACUCGCACGGCGUGGUACUUCAGGGUCGUACUGUGGGCAACGUCUGGUCUCUCGAUCUUCCGGUUUUUCGGGGCUUUGUAUUUCCUAUUGAAAACCGGGGUCUUAUGCUGUGUUUCCAGGCGCUGA